CUGCCUUAGUCCCCGUGUCUCCCUCUGUCUCUGUCUCUGCUCCUGUCGCCGUCUCUGCCCUCUCGGCUGCCCCAGUGAGAAAGUUGGUCCCGGCUGGCGGAGGCUGCCUUCUCUGCUGACUGAAACCCCAGCGGACCCCCAGGCCCCAGACCCGCCCCCCAUCCACUCUCCGGGGGUCGCCCGGAGAGGAAGGAGGCAGCAGGAGCCGCAGGCUGAGGGGUGCGGGGCUUUGGGUGCCACCGAGGCUGGAGAAGGAGAGGAGGAGGAGGAGCCCCUCUGAGCGGCGGGAGGCCUGGUGCAUCCGAAGACCAUCUGAAGCAGCAUUCCUGGCGAGGAUCUGCCACCCUCCCCCAGCCCCAGCUCAAGCACACGCACGCAUACACACUCACACACACAGCCAGUGUGCAGGAGAGUAUUUUUUCCCUCUCCCCUCCUCUCCCUCCUUGGUUGUUUGGAAGCGAUCUGCCCAGGCGGAGGAGAAGAGACUCAGCUCCCCAGCCACUCGCCCAGCCUCAAUGAGUGCCAAGGUGUUCAAGGAGCUGAGGCUAUCUCUGCCGCCUUGUCUCUUCAACCGGACCUUGGUCUCCCCCAGCCCCAACGCCAGCUCCGGGGCCGGAGGCCCGAGCGACAGCAGCAGCGGCGGCCGAGGAGGAGAAGGAGGAGGAGGAGGAGGAGAAGACCACGGUGGCGGUGGCGGGACCUGCAUCACCCAAGUAGGACAGCAGCUCUUCCAGUCCUUCUCCUCCACGCUGGUCCUCAUCGUCCUGGUCACCCUCAUCUUCUGCCUCCUCGUCCUGUCGCUCUCCACCUUCCACCUCCACAAGCGGAGGAUGAAGAAGCGGAAGAUGCAGAGGGCGCAGGAGGAAUACGAACGGGAUCAUUGCAACAGCAGCAGUAGCAGCAGCAGCAACGGGGGCGGCCUAAGGGCUCCUGGUUCGGUCUCCCAGGCUGGAAAAGAAAGCCGGCUGGAAAAACCACCCCAGGACUCUGGUUUCUGCGCCUCCUCCCAGUCCUCCUCCUCCUCCUCCUCCUCCUCCUCUGGCAUUCAGCAUCCCGGGCCUCGUCCUGUUCCCGCAACUGCCCCCGCCGCUGCAUCCUCCUGUUUGGACCUAGCCGGCCAAGGGCUCUUGCAAACGGUGGUGUUGUCCUGAUUGCCCAGAGACUUUCUCUCCCUUUCUCCUCCUCUCCCUUUCUCCUCCUCUCCCUUUCUCCUCCCCUCCUCCCUCCCGGCUCCUUCCCCGGCUCCUCUCCCACCGAGGCACUGUGUGGUGUUUGUAAAUACUGGGGCGGUGAGGGUCUCGGAAGAGGAAGGCGAUGAAGAUGAGGAUAAUCUAACAGUAAUCAUCGGGGUGAUGAUGAUGAUAAGACUCCUAAGAAACAAUCCCAGCGCAUGACCAACCGCAUCGCGUUUCUCACUCUCCGGAAAGGAUGCGUCUUUUUGUAUGUUUCCCUAAAUGGAGAAGAAACCGCACAACGCAACCAAAUAUAGAACCGUCGAGGACGGGGAGGAAGAGAGGGGUGGGGGCUGAGGGAAGAUGAGGAGCCUGGGGUGACUGAUGUAAAUAGCUGUCAGGUUAGAGGUCAGUUACCUCCCUCCCUCUCGCCCUCCCUGCUCUGUUCCUUUUAUUACCCCCAUCGGGAUCCCUCCCUCCCUCUCCGGCUUUGGCAUACUUGGGAAAAAAAGCAAAGCAAAACAAAACCAACCAUGUACGUCAGGCAUCAAGAUGAUGAAGAGGUAUACUCUCCCGGAGAAGACCGACCCAGGGACAUCAGCUGAACACUUGGGACCAAAGCGAAGAGCCUGGUCCACGAGCUAGCAUGCCUCUCUCUGACCGAGACCAAGAGAGGAGGCGAAUUUUCUGAAAUCCCUGGGCUUCCCUCCCUCUCUUUUCCCAUCCCCCUUCGCCCCUUAACUCACAGUUCUCCCCCUCCAGGCCUCAGUAUUUCAGUAUUUCUUGGGUUGAUUCAUUUACUUCGGGAAAUGUCCUCUGCUGGUCAGGCGCCAGAAAUUAAAACAAAUAAAUAAGCCAACUCAUGAAUGAUUUCCCCCACUCCCACCCCCAUCCCGGAAUAACCGGGUGUGUUGGCAGAUUUGGGCUUCCCCAAGUCCCGCUUCAGCUACCGACGCAACUUGGGCUACUGUUCGUUCCCCAGCUGGUGCUGAAAUCGCCUCCCUGCACUAAAGCUGAUGCAGAAAGAGAACAGUUACAGGAAGUGACCUGGCUCGUUUCGGUUGUUAAUAAUAAUAAUGGCAUUUAUUAAGCGCUUACUAUGUGCCAAGCACUGUUCUAAGCGCUGUUGUUCUAACUUUCACAACCAGGUUUCAAUGUAUUAUCUGUUUCGUUGUAUUCAACCUAGUGUAGGUUCACUUUAUCCGGGUAGAAGACCACGAAAGUAAUAGGUGAUGUGCAGUGCCGAAAGGGCAGUAGCUAUAAUCAGCCACAUUUAUUUAUUUAUUUUUUAGAACCAAUGUUAUAUUUCCUAAGGGGUACCGAAUGCCGAAGCAAACAAGUGUUCUCUACUGUGCUGUCCAUACUGUAUAUUCCUGUUCUUGAUUUUCAGCUCUGAUAUAGCGGUUGCCACUGAGCAUUAGAUUCAGUGGUGCAGACCUGGCUUCUGCUGUUUUAAGAAUUGUUAUUUUGUACUCUAUAGUAGACUCUUCUGAACCGGUGACACAUCCAUUUUCUCUUUUCUUUGGCAAAAUGCAAAAAUGAGAAGAAACCAAUGGAUGAGCAAAGGUGCCAUCUAUUAAAACGUGAAUAUUUAGACAGCCCCACCUAGUUCUCCCUGCAUGCAGUCAGCACGAAGAGACGAUCGCGGGAAUGCCGUUUGUACUUUUGUUUGCUUUGGGGCGAGGCCUCAGGUAGUUUGGGGAGGGGUAAGGCAGUUUUCAUUGCUUGCCCCCAGUGCCAUUCAGCAAGGUAACCUUUGAAAACUCAACGGUGGCAGGUUUUUCCUCAGAGAUCUACCCUUCCUUCCUUAUCUGUCUGGUUAAGGUUUGCGUGAGCUUUAAAUAUAAGAAGAGAGAAAAGAAGUGGAGGAGAAGAGGAGGACUAGAAUUUGUUUUAUGUCCAAACCUAGGUGGGCAGGGGACUAUGCCUAUGAACUGUCAUUCUCCACUCUUUGGUUCCUGGCGUGAAGGAAGGGGAGAGAUACUCCCAUCUUUUCUCUGUUAAAAACAAGAGUACUGGAAAGCCUUCACAGUUUCAGUAUCAUGUUUUCAAACAACCGAACUCAACGUGGGAAGAUCGGUUGAUGGAAUUGGAUGGCUGCAGUAUUUAAGGACAGCAGAAACUCAGGUUCAUGGAUGCUAUUCUUUCAAAUCGGUUGGUCUGGGGGCUAGCUUGAUUCGCCAAGCGUGCUAUCGGCCAGCAGCCAGAAUGUGGGAAACUCUUUCCAAAGCUUGGUCAGCAGCUAAAUAACCAAAAAAACCCCCCAAAACCCAACAACAACAACAAACAAAACCCAAUUUGUUUCGGUGAAGCAACUUGAUAUCCGUCAUACUGUCAAUUGGCACCUUGGUUAUUUCGGAUGCAUAUAGAACGAUGAUCUGAUUAGGUCAGGAUGAUACCUUGGGGGGAACGAAGCAGGGUACCUAUUUGGCUUAAAAAGGCAGGUUUUCCAGAGCAUUAGUCACUUCUGGGUGGUAGGCCGGGUACUCGAAAAGGCUCACUUCGGGCCACUGGGAACCCAUUUAGUGAUUCCUAAGGCCAGAAAAGGGGGUGAGGAUCUUCAGCACCAAGGAAAUCGAAUGCUUUCCCUGGAUGCCUGGAAGAGUGAUCGGAGCAAACUAAAUCCUAACUCGCUACCAGGGAUUGACUAAAACCCCGGAGAGAAGAAAGCUCAUCAUUUCUCCAGCUCUCCCUCAUCCCUCACAGUCUUCUAAGAUGCUGUUUGAGAUGCCUUCUCCACUCUGUAUCUGAAUAGUAUUCAGAGAGCGGGAAGGGACUUCCCAUAUUCUCAAUGAACUCUCCCCAUUGCAUGGAUAUUACUUCCCUCCCCAUAUUUGGUGCUUUUUCUUUUUUGGCAGUGGAUAAUUUCCCAUUUUAUUAAAGCAAUAAGAUGUUCUAUCGUGCAUUUCUGGUUGAUGAUUCUACUUCCUUGAUGCUGAACCUGUUCAUUCUCUUUUCCUUAUGAAAGACUGUGCAUUUAAGGCAUGCAAUAAGAAUUUCCUUUAGUGGACAGCUGGACAGAUAUGGGGUAAUUGUAAAUGGCUCUUUGUCACUUUUGCCAAGGGAAGGAAAGGGGGUAGGCGAUCAAAACGGUAUUGAUCUAUAGUUGAAUUAUUCUGGAACCUGUAAGAAUGAGUCCAUAAGCAAAAAUUUAAACAACCAUACACGUGAACAAUUCCCUGCUAUGAACUCGGAUCUAAUAUUGCUGUCACGCUGUUUAUAUAGGUGACGUAGUUAAUGAGUCAAAUUUCAAACCAAACUUAAUUUCCUCAGAAUUCUAAGCUUCUGGUGGCAUCACCUGAAAUCUCCUACAAGAUAGAAAUUGAGUUAUAUAAAAUAUCGGGAAUUUUUAACGGCAGUUAUCACACCAACUGGUUGCAAUAAUUCAUGACCAUUUUGCAUGGACCCCAGCUUUAAAGAACUGUUUUUUACAGGGUUUAAUUGAAUAGUCUCAGGAGAUUAGGGUGAAACCAGCAGGACACAGAGGUUUUCAUUUCUAGGAAAUACUAGGUAAGCUGGGAAUAACUGUACAAUUAUUUUAAGGAUUUCAGGUCUCCGGAUUCUGUUAUAGACCCCGAAGCUGCAGCUGAACUUCAGCAUUUAGCAUUAAGAAGGAAUAGAAUGGCAAGCUUUGUUACUCUUCGGGUUAAAAAAAAACCAACAGUGACCACAACAAAAAUGGAAGGAAUGGUAUCUGUCAAUCCUGGGGGGCUUCUGAAGCAAAUAGACUUAGUAUUGUUAUUAGCUUCCUUAAGAUUUAUAUUCACAUAUAGAUAUGUAUUUAUAUAUGUGCACAUUUUGUAUAAAUUUAAAAUGGACAUUUUUGUAGUAUCUUUUCUGUGAUAUACGAAUAAGAUAGAUACCAGACCAUCAUUGCGGCUUGUUAUCGAAAGAAAAUGUACCGAGGAGUUAGAGGUAUGCAUGCGUUCUUUCUCUGGGUAUCUGAGUGAUGAAAUGUCCUCUUUUUAAAUGAACGACUGGAAUAACGAUUGGCUAAGAUUCUCUUUAUUCUUGGGUGACUCAUGUGAAGCAAUGGCCCGAAGCAAUUGGCUUUCGAUGUCCACUGCGUGGUCUAUAUGGAAAGAGUUUUAGGACCUGAUUAAUGUCCCAAAGUCAGUGUCGAAAUGGAUAUCGAUGGCGAUUUCAGUUGGAAACUUGAGCAGAGACUAAAGAAAAACCCGAGAAUCAAUCAACAAGCGAAUCUGUGGAAUUCUGUGAUUUAAAAAUACGAUGUGGACUGGAGAUACAAAUCUUUCCUGUCAAGGUUAUUCCAACGGGCUAAGGAUAAGGUAGGAACGUCUCAUCUCCCCAGACUGCUCUAUCUUGAUUUUCAGAAGAACCGAGGGACUAUUCUUUCAGUAACAGAGUGCCGAGUAAUCAGAAUAAAAGAGACUCCAUCAAUAUCGGGAGGCUUUGUUUGGCUUUUUAAAAAUCAAUUAGGAAUUUUAUUGUUGUUAAUUAGAAUUUUGGAUGCCGUUUCUCAUAAUGUUGCUUAGUCAUUCGAGAGAACAAAUAAAGUCCCAGGCGUAAGACUUAGAAAAUAGCCAGUGGCUGCUGAGACUCAUGAUGUUUAUAGAAGGGCAGGUUCUUUUCACUUUCUUGCCUUUCCGAACUCUAACCGUGGGCUCCUCGUGACUUAAAAUUCAGAGUUCUGGAUGUGCGGAGGCCCUGUAGAGCAAAUCCACCGCUAAGAACAGCAGCGUCAUCCUUACACGUUUCAGAAGGUGGACCGCUCAUUAUGUAGACAGAGUCGGAGUAGCGCUUAUGGAGUGCCUUCUAAGUGCAGUGCCCUGGGCUAGGUAUUUGGAUAGUACUGAAUUAUGUGCUGACUGUUCAUCACUGGGUGCCGAACUGUACUGUCCAAGCACUUAGUACAGUGCUCUGCACACAGUAAGCGCUCAAUAAAUACGACUGACUGACUGAAUGAAAUGUCUUAAGGACAUUCUGCAGGUUGCAGGGAACUUCCAAGCUCAGAAAGAAUUCCCACCACCUAGAUCUUGACUACUUUAUUCCAGUGCCUCUGAAUGGUUCAGUACCGCAGCACAAUUCAACAUAAUUGUACUCUAGAUUAAUUCAUCAAUCCAUAGUGUUUAUUGAGCAGCUACUAUGUGGGGAACAUAACCCCGCCCCCAAGAAGCUCACAGUCUAGUAGGGAGGUAGACGCAAAAUAAUUUACAGAAGAAGAGGAAGGAAAAAUAGAAGUGUAGAAUUCAAGUUACUGGAAAUGCCUCUCCAACACUUUGGAAGACUCAAACUCAUCCUUGCCAUGAUUCAGCCCUUGUCAUAAUUACAAUUCCGCUCUUAUUAUUCAGGCAUGAGAAUCAUCAUCAUUAUUCAGAAUCUAGGACAAUAUCCUCUCACAAAGCAUAUAAUGAGGAUGACUCUACCGCAUUUGAACGAUGGCAACAAAUGGGCUCACCUCUCCAAUGGUUUGCAUUUAAUUAGCGAUCUAGGUCGUCUUUACGGUCGUGCUAAUCUGAGGGCUUCUUUUGUAUUUCUGUACAUGUACUCAUUCAUUCUUUUUCCCGGAGUCUAUUUACAAAAGGAAAAAUGCCAGCAACACAAACACUGGGAUGAGAAUCCCUCCAUCAAACAAGACAGCAUUCUAUAUUUUGCUGUUGUUUUUGUUCUCUGGCUGAGACGAGUUUAUAACUUGGUUUCAUGUUAUUAUUUUGCCUGUCAAUAGUAGAGGCCUUAUAUAAAAUUUCAAUGGCAUUUUAUUCCAUCGAUAUCUCGUAGUCGAUUACUUUCUUGGGACUUUAUAAGCUCCCUCUGGUGGCAAAUUCAAUAUCUCACUUUUGGGGAAAAUUAAACUGAAGUGUACAUAACCCUCUAGGUUAUCGAGUUGCUGAUGUAUUUUCAUUAAAAAUUCCCGUUAAGU